GCCUGGGAUGUUAAAUAUCUCAAGCUGUCUCCUUUAUCGCUCAAAUCAAAACUGACCGGUAUUGUUGCAAUAGCAUAAUUUAGCCCACCAAUGAAUCAUAUAUUAUCCAAUAUUACCCCAUUUCGUCCGAUAUAAUCCAAUAUGUCUGUUGGAACUACCAAAGCUGGAUCUACAAAGUUCAAGCUCAACACCGGUGCUGAGAUCCCAGCACUCGGAUUCGGCACCUGGCAGGAUCCAGAGUCUCAGGAGGCCGCCGUGCGUGAAGCGAUCAAGACGGGAUACCGUCAUAUUGAUACUGCAAGAGUAUAUGGUACGGAGAAAGCUGUUGGGAAAGCUAUCAGAGAGUGCGGCGUGCCUCGGGACCAGCUUUUCGUAACAACCAAGCUUUGGAACAACAAGCACCAUCCGGAUGAUGUUGCUGAUGCACUUGAUGACUCGCUCAAAGAUCUUGGUCUCGACUAUGUUGACCUCUACCUAAUGCACUACCCUAUCGCCUGGAAGCGUGGAAGUGACCCGUUCCCGAAAGAGAAUGGGAAACCGGCUGUGGUAGACAUUGACUAUGCCGAUACAUACAAAGCCAUGGAAAAACUGUUGAAGACCGGCAAGGUCAGGGCCAUUGGAAUUUCGAACUUCUCGCAAGCAGAGAUGGAGCACUUACUUAAGAGCGUUUCCGUCGUCCCGGCUGUCCACCAAAUGGAAUUCCAUCCAUGGCUGCAACAAAAAACCUUUGCCAACUGGCACAAGCAAAGAGGAAUUCAUGUCACCCAAUAUUCGCCCUUCGGUAAUCAGAACGAGACCUACUCCGGUCUUACGAAGAUUGGCAAGAUGAUUGAGGACCCCAUCUUGAACGAGAUUGGCAAGAAGUACGGUAAAACUGGAGCACAAGUCGCACUCGCGUGGGGUAUCUCCCAGGGUCACUCUGUUCUUCCCAAGUCGAAGACCCCAUCAAGGAUCAGGCAAAACCUGGAGGGCGAUUUCAUUCUCAGUCAGGAGGAUAUCGACAGGAUUCAGACAAUCGAUAAGAAACUACGGUUCAAUGACAGUAGCAAGGACUUUGGCUACGAACUGUUCGCAGACCUGGAAGGCAAGAAUGCAACAAAUACUGAGAGGACUGGGACUUCAGAUUAAGCUAUGCAUCUCGAUGCUCCCACAGACUUGUCCGGGUGGGAAAUGUAACACCUAUAGUUCACGUGGUACGAUAUGGCUUAGCCAUUAUAGAUAAAAUGGUCACUUAAUAAUUGUUUGGAUUCUACGACGGUUGGACUUUAUGAAAG